CUCUCCUACUCCUAUCUUCCUUCGUAUCCAGCGAACCACACGAUAUGAGAUGCUAACUCUUCCAGUAUUGCUAACGUUUGAUAGCACGGUACUGCUAUAUUAUCCCGAAGUAAUAUCACUUUCGAGCCUUACCGCCUGCCCUUGCUGGCGUCAACACUCAUUGGAACCAAGGAUUGUACAGAACUACCCGUCCGGAACCCCUUCUUUUUAUUGUUCAACAGUAUUCAUUCAAUCUUUACUCCUCCUUUGACGUUCCUUAUUUUUUUCUUUCGAGAGAGAAGAGUCGAUAUUCCACAAUUUCCGUCGUGGUGUAUCGUCAGCCUCCUCGAUCCUGUCUUUCUGCGAGUCAGCAUGGAGACCAAAAGUGGCAAAAUCUCUUGCAGGAAACGAUAUUACACGACGGAUUUAUCAGUCAAUGACGUCUGGCAUACUUCCGUAUCGUCAAGGCCAGAUGAUUUGGGGAAGAGACCUUUGCACGAUGCGGGUAAGGAGCUCGCAGCAUUCGCGUUGUAGCAGAUACUCAUCUACUACAAUUCAGUGCUCGAGUUCUUCGACAUACCCUAUUGCAACUCCUCCUCCGUUGAGUUAGAGGUACCUAGGCGGAGAUUUGUAGAUGCGACGGACUUCCUGCUGCGAAAACCAAGAUCUCUCAAAGCCCAGUACGAUGGCGCUUCCGAUACUGAGAAGAGAGCCCUGUCAAUAUCGACGCUACCUCGGAUAAGUCCUCGAACGAACAGAUAUCGUCGUCGCCCGUCGUUGAAGGCUUUUGCAAGUUCAAGCUCUACAGGGUCCCUUAGAUGUCCAGAUAGAUUCUUGCCAAGACGACCGACUCUUGAUUCGGCUGUUGAAAGCUUCCGAACCAGCAAGGAUCCUCGAACAUUGACUACUGAUGAGAAAUUGCUGAGACACAAGGAUGCAAGCCCGGAUGCUUUCAACCCCCGACGGCGAGCGACAUCUCCAAUACCUAGCGCAAAUCGUCCCAUGCCUCGGCGAAAUUUCUCUGGCAAUCGCAGUGGAAGUGGUGGCGGUAGUGUUUUGACCUUUCAACGAGACCCUACCGCCGUUAAUGGGGAACGACAAGUCAGUGUAGGUACAAUCUGGCGGGUUGGUGGCCUUGCUCCCGUCAGCGGCGUUUCAAAUGGCCGAGGGGGACUGAUCGGAAGCGGGACAAAUGCACCUCUCUAUACCACUUCUUUCACCGCAAAACCUCGGGCUCAGGAAGACAAAGAAAGACACGAGAAUCGACUUGCCGAAGCGUUAGAACUCGAUAGAGUUGGGAGAGUGUUCGAGUUUCGAGAUCCUUCGACUUCACCGCUGAAAGCAUUUAUGGACGAGAAAGGAUCCCCAGCUGCAAGAGACCACAAAACAUCUUGGCUGGGGACUGAGUGGGUGUUAGGCGGUCAAGAUCGCAAGACACCCGCAGCAGAUGUUUCUCGAAACUUGCCAUCAGCCCCUUUCAAGGUGUUAGAUGCACCCAAUCUUCGAGAUGAUUUCUAUUGCUCAGUGUUGGCAUAUUCAAAGACAUGCCAUACCCUUGCUGUUGGGCUUGGAUCUAUGUUGUAUGCUUGGUCCGAAAUGCAAGGCGUUCAUCUUCUCAAUGGCGGGACAACUAACGGGUCAUGGCUUACAUCUCUAGCAUUCUCUUCAACACAAGGCAAGAAGAGUAUCCUUGCUUUUGGGAAGUCUGAUGGAUCUUUGAAUCUUGUAUCUCUUUACGACAGCAUGCUACCGCGGUUUGAAGUUCAGCAACCGUCUCCCAUCGCCUGCCUCACGUGGAGACCGCAGAUUACGACACGUCCGUCACGAUGUCCACUAACCCCCAACAUAUCCGUUCAAGCAGAAGAUCUUCUUGUUGGCGACGAAAUUGGAAAUGUCUACUACUAUUCAGUGGAGUGGCCGCAGAGCUGGGAGGUCUCUCGCAAUGGCUGGUCCGGAUCUAUGACUCUUCUCGCACGUAUCUCAGUCCACUCCCAGCAAAUAUGUGGCCUCUCAUUCUCGUGUGAUGGUAGUCUCCUCGCUACUGGUGGUAAUGACAACCUCUGUUGUUUGUUCCGAACAAGCGAAAUACUCCACAGAACUCGAGAGGAGGCUCAAGCUCUCGAAGAGGUGUUCAUAGGCGCUGAUGGAACCCGACGUGUCCACACUCUUGCUGGGCGAGGUGGAGUGAAAGAGAUCAAGCCUGGUGCCGAGAAGCAUCGCUGGAUUCAUGGUGCCGCUGUCAAAGCAAUUGCGUUCUGUCCAUGGCGUGACGGCCUGGUUGCAACAGGAGGAGGAAGUAACGACAAGUGUAUACAUUUCUUCCACACCACAUCUGGGACAUGCCUUGCGACAAUCAGCGUUGCUGCUCAAGUAACUUCGCUGAUCUGGUCAACCACUCGCCGAGAAAUCGUCGCCACGUUUGGUUAUGCUCAACCAGAACAUCCAUACCGCAUUGCAGUCUUUUCGUGGCCAGAAUGCAAACAAGUUGCAGCAAUUCCUUGGGAGGGAGAGCAUCGUGCAUUGUAUGCGAUUUCAUAUCCAGGAGGCCCCAAUGAAAGCCAGAGCCAGACAAGUAGGGAGGGAGUUCGUAGCUUGAGCCGGACUGCUACUGAAGGCUGCAUUGUUGUAGCCUCGAGUGAUGAGAGCGUAAAGUUUCACGAAGUCUGGGCUGCUGGGCAGAAGGCAACCGUGGGCGGAGAGGGGUUGUUGGGUGGCAGCGACAUUCUUGAGGGAUUGGAAGGUAUAGACAAGGAAGGGGAUGUCAUCAGGUAGGUCUUGAGCCUCCACUUCGGUGGGUUGGAGCUUGAAGCACUCAAGGGUAGUGUGGCUCUUGGCAGUGAUGUUGCUUCGGGAUUAGAAUGAGUGAUACCCACAAACAUAUCAAUAUUUGCU